AGGGUGGGGUGAGGGAACACUGUGAACUGAGAGUGAGUCAGACAUUGAACUUUACUGACUGAAAUUAAAUGUAAAACAUUCAUAUAGUAGCUUUAGUAUAAUCAUUAUGAUUAUGUACAGAGAGAGAUUGAAUACACGAUUCAUUACACCAAAAAGUUAGUACAAUUAUAUUAGAGAGUAUACCUAAGUCGCAGUUUUAAGAAGGAAGUACAUAAAGAUCACUCCAGCUCUUAAUUAUAGUCAACAUGACAGUUUUGAACAUAUAUACUGCUAUCUAUAAUUAUGAUAGUGUCCCUAUUACUUCAACUCAACAACAACAAGGUAUGUAAACCAUACACCUACAGGCUUUGAAUUUCCAUGAAUUGUUUACAGAGUGGACAACUUCGAGAAACUACUUCUACUUCUCUGGAGUACCUUUACCAUGGAGAAUGGACAUUCAUCUGUCAUGAUGACAGUCAAUGGAACCAGGAGAGGACAAUAUCUGUAUGCACACAACUGGGUUACAAUGACUCUGGUGGUGGCUAUGGGACUACUAACCAGCGAACAUUUGGAUGGGCCAAAUCGCUUCCAGUUGGAGCUGUGAUCACUAUAAAAACUGUCCAAUCAUUUGAUUUUCGGCGAGUGUAAUCUUAUAGCUAAAUCUAGUUAAAUGUGUUGCUGCAUGAACUGUCACUCUGCAUGUUGAUUAGCUGAUUGUUAUUUGUUUGAGUGCAUUAUAAUCAAGACUUGAACGACAGUCUUUUAAAUGUGAAUAGACUAUGAAAAGGUACACUAAACAUGCAUUUACAACUCAUGUAUAUUCUCCAAGACCCUCCCCUUCCUUCUCUGCAUGACAGCAGGUAAUAACAUGAACUACCGCAACUAGUAUUUCCUGUUGACAUGAUUAUAUCAAAUGCUGUACCCAACUUUUAGGCUCGCAUUACAAUUAUCUACUUCUCUCUAAGCUGAAAUAAACAAAGCAGUAUAAAAGAGUGAUUCACUGUGACAAGCGUGACUGUUCACUGUGCAGUAAUAAUUGGAAUGUUGUUAAUCAUUUCAACUAUCGGCACUGCUCAACAAGAGUGCUUCAAUGGACAAGUUCGUAAACUUCAUUCCAAUCUCCUUGAGUAUUGUUACAACGGAGAAUGGAGAUUGAUCUAUUACUCAGAGAGUCAGUGGAGUAGUUGGGAAAUGACAAAGCCUGUGUGUGCACAGCUGGGUUACCAGGAUUUUUUUGGAAUGAUGCGAGGGGAAAGUCGCAGUGGUGCAGGAAAAUUAGUCACUCUGAGUGAAUGCAAUGGACCAGGAUUAACAGGAUGCAUAGAGACGCCUAGUGACGACAACUGUACUGAGUGCUCUCUUGUGUUUCUACUGUGUACCGCAGCUGAAUGCACUGAUGGAGAGAUAAGACUGGUGGGUGGAUCUACUGACAGAGAGGGACGAGUGGAGGUGUGUGUGGGAACUUCUCUAACUGUAUGGAGGACAGUUUGCAUUGGCAGUCAAGAACUGGCAGGAGCCGUUUGUUCACAAAUGGGAUACAUCUUUGAAGAGAGUAUUGUGGCAAAUAACUCAUUUCCUCUUGGAGCAUUUCCAGAGCACAAACUAAACUGUACACAAACCAAUGAAGUAUGGCACUGUAGUCCAGUUGAACAACAAUGUGACAGCUUCGUGGAGCUUGGUGUUGUUUGUAUAAACUAUGAGGAGUUUUAUGAACGUUCAAGGAACAGCACACCAUCUACACAGUUGCUUCCUAUAGAAUGCACCCCCAGCAAUGAAAGAGGCACUACUAGUUCUACAUGUGCUGACAAUUCCACCACCUUCAUUGCUGGCAUUGGUGUACUGGUGGCUCUGUUACUAACCCUAACCCUAACCCUAACCCUAACCCUAGCUGUAUCAGUUGGUUGGAUAGUGUCCUGUGUUAUUCUACUCAGGAGAGGACAGACUGUGUACAACCAACAUGUUGAUGCAGGUACUAUCUCAACAAGGAGCAAUCAGAGCCACACACAGCAGGACAUCAAGACACAGCUCUACGCUGAGGCCACUCCUCCUGAUACAACCUACAGUAGACUGAUAAACAGACAGAGGAAAUUGCUACCUACGAUUACGCUGAUCCCAACCAGAUAAGAGUAGAGUGUUCCCAAGCAACCAACCCACCACCAGUGAGUGGUGAAGCUAUCGUGAGGGAAGAGGAGUUCUACAUUUCUGAGGAUCACACGUACGCAGCUGUCAAUAAGAAAGCCAUGAAGAAAAAGAAGCCGAAGAAUGCAGAAUCUGAUGGAGAGGGAGAGAGUGAAGCCACGCCUCCUUUUGUCAGAACCCUGGCUGAAGUGUAGGGUGGUGGUGACUGAACACCGUGAACUGAGAUAUUGACACUAACUAAUGCUGCCUGUAAAACGUCCAUGCAUAGUAGUUAGAGAGUGAAUACACAAAAUGGGUGAUAUAUUGUACUGUAGUACACACACAUAAUUAUUAUAACAUUAUGAGAGUGCCUUUUCAGUUUCAUAAGGAAGUUAAAGAUAAAAAUGUUGGCAACUAGGUGAUUCGUUUUAUAAUACGUAUACAGGAAACUGAAUUGAGGAUCAAAUAAGAAUAACAGUGGACAUUUGCUGCAUCAAGUACAUCAAGUAAGAGUCAUGGAAACUGACCAAUCCGAGUGCCUGGAGACUUGCCUCGAGGUUGUUGAUGCAGGAUGUAUAGAUUCAAUUGACAUAACCAACAACUGGGUAUAGCUAUUAUAUGCCAUUCCCUCUAAGAACUGACGACUCUCGGUCAUCAUGCAAGUCUCAAAUUUCAUUCUGCUAUUAACUGUUGUCACCACUGUCACAGCACAACCAGAAUGUUUAGACGGACAAAUUCGUCUUCCUGAAGUAACAGACACACUUCUUGAGUACUGUCACCAUGAAGAAUGGAGAUGGAUCUGUCAUGAUGAAAGUCAGUGGAAUAUCGAGAGAUCAGUAGCUACCUGUGCACAAUUGGGAUAUUCGGAUCAAUUUGGACUAGCAACCAGGAAUUCUCAGAAUGGUUCAAGAAGAGUAGUCACUCUGAGUGACUGCAAUGGACCAAGACUAACAGAGUGUAUGGUGACACCCAAUGACAGCUGCAACUCUCUUGUGCAUCUAUUAUGUUCCAAGGUUACCUGUGCUGCUGGUAGAGAGACAAGACUGGUGAAUGGAUCCACUGACAGAGAGGGACGAGUGGAGGUGUGUGUGGUUGGUCCUGCCAGUCGAUGGAGGACAGUUUGUACUGGCAGUCAAGAACUGGCAAGAGCUGUUUGUUUACGAAUAGGAAUUGAAAGUUUAGUGUUAGAAGGAAGCACUGUGGCAGUAACUAACUCAUUUCCUCCUGGAGCAUUUCCAGAGCACAGCCUGGAGUGCAAGCCGGCAUCAAAUGGAGAUUUGCGCUGUAGCCCAGUUAAAGGAUGUGACAGCUUUGUGGAGCUUGAAGUUAUUUGUAAGAACUACGAAGAUCUACGCAAUGAAUGUUCUAGGACUAGUACACUGCCUACAUUGUCAACUAGAGCACAUGCAAAUACACUGUUGCCUAAUACAACAAGUGGCCCUAUCAAAUCAGACUUUGACAAUUCAACCACCAUCAUCAUUGUUGAUAAUUCCACCACCUUCAUUGCUGUCAUUGGUGUACUGGUGGCUCUGUUACUAGCUGUAUCACUUGGUUGGAUAGUGUCCUGUGUUAUUCUACUCAGGGGAGGACAGACUGUGCACAAACAACAUGUUGAUGCAGGUACUAUCUCAACAAGCAAUCAGAGCUACACACAACAGGACAUCAACACACAGCUCUACGCUGAGGCCACCCCACCUGAUACUACUGCAACCUACAGUAGACUGAAGAGAAGUGAUAAACAGACGGAGGAAAUUGCUACCUACGAUUAUGCUGAUCCCAACCAAAUAAGAGUAGAGCUUUCCCAAGCAACCAACCCACCACCAGUGAGUGGUGAAGCUAUCGUGAGAGAAGAGGAGUUCUACAUUGCUGAGGAUCACACAUACGCAGCUGUCAAUAAGAAAGCCAAGAAAAAAAAGAAGCCGAAGAAUGCAGAAUCUGAUGGAGAAGGAGAGAGUGAAGCCCCGCCUCCUUUUGUCAGCACCCUGGCUGAAGUGUAGAUAAGGGUGACGGAACAUUGAAUGUGAACUGAACAUCGUACAGGCUGUAAGACGUCCAUAGUAGUAGUAUAGAGAGAGUGAAUACACAAAAUCAGUUAUUUAUAUAAUUAUGUAUACUGUAUUACGCUAAAAUGUGAUAGUUCACUUCAGUUUUAAAUUCAUACAUUGCCAUUUCUUGACAAAA